AUGUCCGUGGUGAAAAGAUUCAUACACAUACUGGGAACUUGUGAUGAAGAAGACUCAUUUGGUAUGACGCCGCUAGCUCUGGCAGCAAAGCAUUCUGAUAUUCAACUUUGUCAAAUCUUCCUCGAAGCUGGUGCAAGGGUUGAGGCCACUAUAGAAUUCCCGCGUCCAGGGGGGCAAGAUUCUUUCGAUUCCCAAAGACGAGCCUCGCCUUUGUGGUAUGCUGUUAGCAAGCCAGGGAAUACUGAUCUCGUAUCGCUACUUAUUUCAUAUGGAGCGGACGUCUCACUUCUUUGUUAUGGAAAGGAACUGAUUCGACAAGCCGUCCAGAAUUCUGAUGUGCAUGUCGUGGAGUUGCUUUUGCGGGCUGGUGCAAAUCCAAAGGCGGUUUCGACUACGGGGACACUGCUACACGCCGUGAAAGACCCUGAAAUUGCUAAAUUACUCCUUUUGCAUGGGCUUGAUGUCAAUGAGGCAGUUGGUGAAUUUCACCCACCCAUAAUUGCUGCUGUGAUCAUGAAUCGUUCAGAAGUGGUUCAAUGCUUCCCUGAGGCCGGAGCAAAGACUAACAUUAUUGCACCCUGCUGUGGGGAAUCCCUACUAUCCAUGGCAAUUCGGAAAGGAUAUUCGAACAUAGUCCAGAUGCUCAUCAACGCGGGCUGUGAUGUCAAUAAUCAAAAUGAUGAAUUUGGUACUCCCCCUUUACACCUAGCUACUUUAUACAACCAGGAAAGCAUGUGCCGAAUGCUCAUAAAAGCAGGUGCAGAUAUUUCUCAAGAAUACUCUGAAGAUAUCUUAUUUACUGCAGCUCAAUGGUCCAGUCCGUCUCUGUUUCAAUUUCUCAUCGAUUCUGGGGCAGACAUCGAGGCCGAGGACUCCAGGUUUCGCACACCUUUGUUCAGGGCGAUCGAGUGUGGUCGAGAGGAAAUAGUGCAAUUAUUGCUUGAUGCCAAUGCCUAUGUCACCACAGGUUCACUUGAUAGAAUAUACCUGCAGCCUGCUAUCUACAUAACUGCUGGGUUGGACGAGGGGUUGACCAAGAUUUUCAGUUAUCUUCGCAGUUACUCUCUCAAAGCGAUCAGCACCGCAUACCCCUCGAUAAAUACAGUGUCCGGAGAUUUGGACACGCACAUCUCGAUGAUUAAGAUGUUUCUUGACCAUGGGCUAGAUUUUUCGGAAGCAAAAUUUAGGGGUUUGGGAAUCCUGCAUUAUGCUGUAUGGAGGAACAAUGCCGAGCUAGUCGAGACUCUAUUAGAGGGACACGCUGACCCUAAAUUUGAAGAUCCUGAUGGAUACACUGCUGCCGAUUGGGCUGUUGCGCUUGGAUUUGUCAAUAUCGAAAGGAUUCUUCGGGAAGAAAUGUGGUCAGGUGAAGAAUUCGAUGAUUGA